UUAGACCGUGUUCACAUGUGCAUCAAGGUUUCUGGCUUGUCCUUGCAGCAACCUUUCCGUGAUGUCCAUGUGCGUCCUGAAACAGACAACCCUCUGGAUCACGCUGCAAUAAAGAACAGAAUGGCGGAAGAAGGUGACCGGAGUAAUGAGAGCGGCAGAAAGGAAACUGUGGCUGCAGAUCCUAAUAGAGGAGUUGCUCCAAUUAAACCUCAGUUUUUAACGACAAAGGAUGAAUUCCAUGCUUAUAUAGAUGCAGAGGGUAAAGAAAACCCAGAGGGAUCAGUCGAUUCUGAGCAGUGCAAGGACGAUGAUGAGAGUAACUAUGCGGCCGAACCGCCAGAAAAAAAAGCUAAAUUGGACGAAGAGGACAAGAAGAGGGGGAGAGGGCAGAACAAGAGUCGUCCACAUGUAAAAUAUCACCAGCUCGAGCAGAAUCCGCUGUGUCCUUCUAUUGUACAGGAACGCCCCAGUAAAUGUUUCUACGGAAACAAAUGCAAGUUUCUGCAUGACCGUGAGAAAUACAUGUCAGGGAAGCUUGAAGACAUCGGACCUAAAUGUUAUCUGUACGAGACCUUGGGCAAAUGCAUAUACGGGAUCAGCUGCCGCUUUGCCAAAUCGCACUUGGACGACGGUUAUAAAAAUCUAAUAAACGAGGAGCUGGUGAAACAACGGGAAGGAAAAGUGCCGGUGAGGAACAAUCUGGACAAGAACGUGCAGACGCAGCUGCGCAAGAAGAAGUAUAGCUUUGAGAAGUCUAUGGAGUACCUGAAGUAUUUGUACGAAUACCGAAAAAAGAACUGGAAUAAGGAAAAGAAAGCGGGGGUGAAGGGUGAGUCCAAGGGGAACACGCAGGAGGAUGCUGCGCCUAGAGGAGGAGACCUUGAUGUGCGCGUGGAUACUGCAGGGGGCGCAAAGGGUUCAGAAGAGGCCCAGACUGCGCAGGAGGCCACAUUGGUGAAUAUGGGAGCUAUAACAGAUGAAGAUGUUAUAAAACUCAGGCCAUGUGAGAAGAAAACGAUUGAUUUCCGAGGCAAAUUGUACCUUGCGCCGUUAACUACAUGCGGGAAUCUUCCAUUUAGAAGAAUAUGCAAGCAGUAUGGCGCAGACAUCACGUGCGGAGAGAUGGCUAUGUGUACCAGCCUCCUCCAAGGCUUUCCUUCAGAAUGGGCUCUGUUGAAAAGACAUCACACUGAGGAUCUGUUCGGCGUUCAGCUAGAGGGCGCCUUCCCUGACACCAUGACCAAAUGUGCAGAGAUGCUCAACAAAACCAUUGAUGUUGACUUUGUGGACAUUAAUGUUGGCUGUCCAAUCGACUUGGUCUAUAAUAAGGGUGGAGGAUGUGCUUUAAUGUCCAGGGCAAACAAAUUUGAAGACAUUGUGAGGGGAAUGAACUUGGUUCUGGACGUGCCCCUCACCGUGAAGAUCAGGACUGGGGUACAGGAAAAGGUCAACCUGGCUCAUAAACUGAUUCCAGAGCUGCGGGACUGGGGGGCGUCACUGGUCACGCUGCACGGACGAUCCCGGGAGCAGCGGUACACAAAACUCGCAGACUGGGAGUAUAUUAAGCAGUGCGCUAAAAUUGCUGAUCCAAUGCCCCUUUUUGGUAAUGGCGAUAUAUGCUCUUUUGAGGAUGCAAAUCGAGCCUUGGAGACUGGAGUGUCGGGGAUCAUGGUGGCCAGGGGGGCACUGGUAAAACCUUGGCUUUUCACGGAGAUAAAAGAACAGCGCCACUGGGAUAUCUCCUCCUCAGAGCGGUUUGAUAUUCUCCGAGACUUUACAAACUAUGGACUAGAGCACUGGGGCUCGGACACGCGGGGGGUGGAGAGGACGCGGAGGUUCAUGCUGGAGUGGCAGUCCUUCCUUUGCAGGUACAUCCCAGUCGGUUUAUUGGAACGUGUGCCUCAGAAGCUGAAUGAGAGACCUCCGUACUAUAUGGGAAGAGAUUAUAUGGAGACGUUAAUGGCGAGUCAGAAUGCCUCUGACUGGAUAAAGAUCAGUGAAAUGUUGCUGGGUCCUGUUCCUCCGAACUUCACUUUCCUGCCUAAGCACAAAGCCAAUUCUUACAAGUGAAAUGUUUUAUUGUGAAGAGUUUUGACUGAACUUUUUUUAGGAUUUUUUUUUUUAAAAUAAACCUUCAAGGAUGUGCAUUACUGCAGUGCGUUGUUGACUA